AUGAGUGAUCCUUCACUAGGUGUUCGCUCAGGUCUUCAAGGUCGAGUUAACCACAACCUAGACAUUCUCCUCAAGCGGUUUGAGAACAUAUCACAACUAGCGCCUGUCGAGGGGAAGGGUCGCGAAAUCACCGCGGCGGAAACGUAUCAAAUCGAAUGUCACGCCUCAGCUAUGAUUCGGGCAGCAGAGGACUUGUUGUCUUUGACGAGAUCGUUAAAAGAGGCGUGGCUGUUUGGACAGUUGGGCUCGGAACUCGGUGUGGUCGAUCCGGCGACUGAUGAGAACGCGAAACAGGUGGGAGAGGCACUGCAGAAGCUUGCUAGUAAGCCGAGAUCGAGUACAUAG